GGACUCCUAAUCAUACUCAUAAGCAAUUCCUACUUUCGUAUUUCACACCAUCUCCGUCUCUCUCUCUCUCUCUCUCUCGUGCGCUAAAGUAUCCCCCCCAUCCGCCUCAGAUCUACAGCGCAGCUUGCUCCAGUAUCUACUGUCUUCCACUGAUCGAUUCCAGCCACGCUCUAGUUUGUCUUCUCUUUGUUCCUCUUGCGGCCGAAUUCAAAACCCUAGCAUUCUCUGAUUCCCUCUUUUGUUCGAGUACAAACCCCAAUUAACAGCAUUAAUCAUCUCAUUUCGCCGUCGGUCGGUGUAAGGAAUCGUUCGUUAUUGUUUCUGGUUCUGAAAGUUUUCUCGUGAAUUAUUCCCCAAUUUUCGUCAUGAAAGAAGGGAAAUCACUGAAGUUAAAUCUUCAGCAGCAACAGCAGCAUCAGAACGGGCACUUGUCUCCGUUUAAGUUCGCCAAGUUGCUUGAUCCAGAAGCUUCCUGGGACAAGGAUCAGUUGGGGGAUGUGUUGCAUUGGAUUCGGCAAGUGGUGGCCCUGCUAUGUGGGUUCCUAUGGGGCGCUGUUCCUUUGGUUGGGGGCAUAUGGAUUAUUGUAUUCCUGGCGCUAUCCUCCGGUAUUAUAUAUGGUUACUAUGCAAUGAUUCUAAAGAUUGAUGAAGAAGAAUUUGGCGGUCAUGGAGCCCUACUUCAAGAGGGACUUUUUGCUUCUAUAACACUCUUUUUGCUUGCAUGGAUUCUAGUAUACAGUUUGGUGCACUUCUGACGAUCGACCAUCCUGGCUUACCACAUCUCUCUCUCUCUCUCUCUCUCUCUCUCUCUCUCUCUCUCUCUCUCUCUCUCUCUCUCUCUCUCUCUCUGCAUAAGUUCAAUCAGGCUCAGUUGCGUGAUGCAUCAAUUGCUUAUGCACUUGAAACAAUUUUCUUUAUCGUGCAAACGUGCAGAUAUUGCAGAGCAUGGACAUUCUAGGUUUAAAUUAAUGGCAGAUAGAUGAUUCAUUUUCUUCAUUAUCCUCCUGGACAAUGUUACACAAUAGGGUCUGGUCUGGGAUUACCCCCCAUGUUAAAAAUUAUGCUUCAUAUCUGUAAUGAUUCAUGCAUCCCAUAAAUCAUAAUUUCAGAAACUAAUAAGCCCAUUCAGGAAAGAUAGUGUAGACACUUCUUGGCAA